AUGGAGAUUCUCAAGCUUCUUGCCAAUGAUCAAGCUGCAGGCAGCACCAAAUGUCUUGCCAAGGGAUCCAACGACUGCAAUGAUCAUGUCCAGGUGGCUUUUCCAGUAGCUGCAAUUUUGAUGGCAGAACAAAGACCCAACAAAUCUGUGCUUCGGAAUUUCUGGGACCCCAUAGGAAGAUGUGCUUGGGGUACUUGGUGUAAAGCAAGUACAGACAAGACUGAAUAUGUGGCUGAACUGGCCGAGAAGCUUGAAUUGAUGAAUUGA